CUUUUCUUUCUUUUUCUCACAACUUUUAUUAUGCCUUUCCGUUGCAAAUGUGGUCGUACGUUUGAAAAACCAGAUACAUUUUCAUCACAUACUUCAGGUUGUGCUCCAUUCCAUCAUCGUCGAGCAUCCGUCUCAUCAUCACCACCACCUUCAUUGGAUAUGACCAACGUACGUCGACUUUCUAUGCGAUCACAACCAAGUCCAGUCAUUGACUCACCUAUGGAAUAUCCUUCUUUCAUGCCCACUGCAUUAUCCAUCCAAAAUGCUUUUGAAGGUGUACGUAGACGUUCCAUGUCUUAUACUGCCUCUCUCAAAUAAUCCCAUCAUUUUUCCAUGAAAAGAAAAAAAAAAAAACAUAUCUUAUUUUUUAUUUAUCAUUAGUAUUAUUUUUUUUUUUUUU